CCGGGACGAGCCGCACGGGAGUGGGGCCGGGCGGGCGUGGGAACGGCGGGCGGGGCAUGAAUGAAAUUGUGGGCGUGGCCUCGCUGGGCGCGAGCGGCGGGGCGGGGCCUGUACCCGGUGGCGCGGGCUCCCAUUGGCUGCUGCGCGUUGCCAUGGCCACGGCGUCCCCCCCCCCGCCGCCCUGGCGGGCCCGGUGCCGGUCCCGGUGCCGGUCCCGGUCAGCGAUGGGCAGCGGCGGCUCCUCGGGCCGCGGGGCCCGGAUGGCGGCCGCCGAGGGCCCCGACGGCGUCGAGCAGCGGCUGGAGGUGCGGGGCCGGCAGGUCCCGGCCGAGCUGUGGGCUCAGCAGGGGCUGCGGAAGCUCUACCUGAGCGACGCGGGGCUGCGGGAGGUCCCGGACGAGCUGGCGGAGCUGCAGCACCUCCGGACCCUCGCCCUGGACGGCAACGAGCUGAUGGAGGUGCCCGAGGCCGUGUGCGACCUGCCCCACCUGGCGCACCUGUACCUGGGCCGCAACGGGCUGCAGGGGCUGCCGCCCUCCUUCGCCCAGCUCCAGAGCCUGCGCUGCCUCUGGAUCGAGGGAAACUUCUUGGCGCACUUCCCCCGCGCCCUGCUGCAGCUGUCGGAGCUGCGCAGCCUGCAGCUGGGGGACAACCGGCUGUGCCGGCUGCCCGCGGCGCUGCCCCGCAUGGCCGGCCUGCGGGGGCUCUGGCUCUACGGGAACCGCUUCCAGGAGUUCCCGCCCGUGCUGCUGCGCAUGGAUCACAUCCGCGUCCUCGACCUGGAUCGCAACCGCAUCGCCAGCUUCCCGGACCUCAGCGGCCUCGCUUCCCUGCGCCUCCUGUCCUACGACCACAAUCCCGUCCGGCAGCCGCCCUGUGUCGGGGAUGAGGUGCAGCUGGUGGGGGACGGGGCGCAGGAAUACAUGGAAGCGCGGCAGGAGCGGCUGCAGAGCCUGCAGCGCCAGGAGGAGGAGGAGGAGGAGGGCACAGAGGCCGCCCCGGUGUCCCCCGAGGAUGGGCCGGAGGAUGGGGAGGGGGAAAUCGCGGCCCUGACGGGAUCUCCUGAGGAAACGUGAGCUGCUGCCCCCUGAAGGGGUGCAGAGCCUCCACCUGCCUCCCAGGGAAUUCCCAUCUAGGGCUGGGAAAGGAGGAAGUUCACAGCCUCCACAAAGGAAAACCGACGAUCUGAGGAUCAGCCUUAUCCUGUUGGGACAGCAGCAUUGUGUCCUGGAUUGGCAGGGCUCGUGGAUCCCAGUGGUUAUCCCACCUGAGAGCACCCCGCCUACUCCAGGGUGCCUUGGAUUGGGAUACAGCCUCCUUCCCUGUGUGCUGAUCCCACACUGCCACCCCACGAGAACAAGGACAUUUCCACUCCUCCACCUCUGAAAAUCCUUUACUCCUGUCCCAAUGGGCAGCACAGGAGAAAGCAAUGCUGGAUGCAUCCAUUCCAUGGAUCCCAUCAUCCUAGAGAGCUCUGAGCUUUGGGAACAAAGGCCCUGAGAACCCCAUCCUGCUGCGGGAAUUGGGCUGGGGGAGAGAAUUUUUCACCGGGCUCCUCCUGGCCAUCCAGUUUGGGAAAGAGCCGAUGGAAAUCCCACCUGGGUCUAAGCACUGCCUGUCUCCAACCUGGACAGGGUUUUGCCUCUGUGGGAAGAGGAGGCUCAUCCCUGACAUUGUCUGUCCCAAAACGGGCACCAGACCCAGGGCUGACACCUUAUCCUUCCUCUUCCUCUCUCCAAGUGCCUCUUGGACCAAACGCAGGCAAUAAAAAGCACAAAUCCAAGGAAUUUGUUGUGAGAGAAAAGUGAUGGGGACCAGCCUCAGGGAAGGGUUUAUUUGGGAUCCCCUAAAACCAAGUGACAUAUCCUGGUGUGCAACCACCAGCUCCUCUUAUUUUGGACAUCCAAGGAAUCCUGAUUCCCUCCAUCCAUCUCUGAGCUGAGCCCGUGUGGUGGAAA